CAGCGUCGCGCGCCGUAGAGGCGCGCGGGGCUGAGCCGCGUGCGGGGCGCCGCCAUGACUUCCGCGCUGGAGAACUACAUCAACCGUACUGUUGCAGUAAUUACUUCUGAUGGAAGAAUGAUUGUGGGAACACUCAAAGGUUUUGAUCAGACCAUCAACUUGAUUUUGGAUGAAAGCCAUGAACGAGUGUUCAGUUCUUCACAAGGAGUUGAGCAAGUAGUGCUGGGAUUAUACAUUGUAAGAGGUGAUAAUGUUGCUGUCAUUGGUGAAAUUGAUGAAGAGACGGAUUCAGCUCUUGACUUGGGGAAUAUUCGAGCAGAACCCCUAAACUCAGUUGUGCACUGAAAAGAUGAAAAUGCACAGGGACUUUGUAAAUCUUUGGUUGUACAGACCUAUUUAACAACGUGGACAGUUUUUACAAAUUGUGUUUGUUUAGACACCAAUUUUUUAUUAUGAAUAUGUUGUAGUUUUGCAUGUAAAUUAAAGUUUCUACAUUUUACUAAAGAUACUUUCAUUGGAUUUCCUUUGGGGUUUUAUGCUGCGUGAGUUCACUGGGAAAUGCAUGCUGGCAAAAGCAAUCAGUAUCAGUGAUGGUCCUGAUAGUGUGUAAAUAUACCUUGUUCUUAAAAUAAGAUCUCACUCCUAAAGUUAAACCAAGCUCUUUUCUGUUAACCCAGGAUUAUGUGGAGGUAGAUGUGUAAUAGUCCGUUUAACCAUCUCUAAGUGUAGUUCUGGCCAUAAGUAGAAAACUGUUCCUUGUGGUUGGUUUUUCUUGUGUGUGUGUGUGUGUGUGUGUUUAGUGUAGAAGGAAGAAUGUUGAAAGCUUUCACAGUCAAAUUAAUGGCUUAUUCAUAUAAUACAUUUUUUGUUGUUUAUCAGAGAUUGUUCUCUAGUCCUCAAGACUAUACUGGAGGUGCAGGAGUUCUUAAUGGCUUAAUCCUUGUGGAGAAAUUAAAUUGGAGAAAGAACGACUUUUGAGCAGGAGCACAAAACUUAAAUACAUACAUUUAUUUGAAGCCCAUUAAGAGAAUGAGACCAACUCAUUCUCUGUCUUCACCUUUCAGCAGCUGUCAUGUUGCUCAAAAUGUGGGUAAGAUCUACAGAAGGAGAAUUGUGUGUUUGCUAAUGUGUAACCAUUAUCUUAGAGUGUAGUUUAGAAGACCCCAGAGUACUUUUGGUAGGUAAGUUAUUUAUUUUCAACAAAACUUGCUGCAGUAUUGAAUAUAAGGGUCUCAUGUAAUCAUAAUCACAUGUAGGCCUCUUACAAACCAGCAACAGCCAAGUUAAGUGGGACAAGCUCUGUGCAGUGUAGUGUGUUUUAGGCCACAUCCUAUUGACUACCCAGCAGAAAUGCUGGUAUGGUGGCAGCAAGAGGAGGUCAGUACUAUUGAACAAAGCUGUUUUCUGUGUCCAUGAGUGUGCCAACAGGCCCAGUAUUUUUUCCCUCUAAAAAUGUGCUGUCAAAAAAAAAAAAAAUUAAUGUGCAAGUUUGAGGGGUUUAUACUGAUUUUAAUAUUAAGUGGGAUUCGGUACUUUUCAUUGCAAGUUCAUUGGAAACCAAAUACAUUGAACUGAAAAUAUUUGUUCUUCAUAAAAUCUGUCUCUCAGUUCUUGUAACUUCCAGCUUGUUUUCUGAGAUUCUUCUUGAUGAAGCAUGCAAAGCCUUGCUAACCUUUUUUCAUAUUUGUCCAUCUUGUGAUCUAGUAAUGUGUUGUAGUUUUCUGUCCACAUUUCUGCAGGGAAUUGCUGAGCAGGCAUCAAAUCAGGCAAAUCGGGGGUUUUCUCUGAUUACCGAAAGUCAGUAAAAUCUGGCUGUAAUUAGUUAAGUCAAAAGAAUCAAUCAGUUUCAUUAAACAGUCAAUAAAAAAGCCCUUUGGCAACUAAACACUGAUAUUGGCACAAGAGAAAAGAAAGUGAAUAGUAAUGAUAAAGAACAAAGAAAGAUUAUUAAAUUAGCUACUUUAGAGUGCAGAAAAAAAAUGCAGAGGCAAAGAGGAGUAUCAGGAUGAGCUGAUUUUUAAUACUCUACUCAGCCUUGGGUGUAUUAGGAGUGUUAUAGUUGAAAGACAAGUUGAACACUUGUGUAGAAGCACUGGAAAGACUGCGGAAAUCUGUUGCUUUGUAGCUGAGGAAUUAAGUUUGAAGCUGAGUCAUGGAAUGCUAAUGCAUAUGGAGACCAUGUGCCUUGAGCACAUCAUUUGCGAGGCAACUCCUUGGUCCUGUACUUGUUUAAAGAUUUAAAAUAUGAUGAGCUGCUGAUGUGAGUUGAAACUACUUUAUCCUUGAAGUGCUGAUCUCAGAUACAAAACUGGAACCCACAGUAGUGAGGUUUAUCCAUAAAAUCCAGGGACUGACCAGAUGAGAAAUCCAAGUCAUUCAGAAAUUGCUGAAGCGUGAUCUGGAAUAUAAGUUUCACAGAGUUUGCUGUUUAAAACACAGAUUGCAAACCCUGUCUUCCCUUCAGGUGAGUUACCUCAGACAUUGCAUGCACUUUUUCUGGGCUUGAGAUCCUCUGUGUGCCCAGAGUUGUGAGGAGCUACAGCUUGAGAAAGUUGUAUCUGCUCUGACAGGCUAACCUAAACUUAGAGCAUUCUCUAUCUUGAAAAAGGUAAAUUUAAGCUCCCUUUUAGAAAAGGAUCCUAACAAAAAGUGCUGGCCCAAAAAAUGGGUUGAUUAUAUGCAGAGCAUUGUGAAGUCGACUUCUGCAAUGAGAUAAGCAAAGGAUGGCCAGCUCACAGGACUGGUUGGGACUGUGGGCUGUAACUGAGCCCUGUUGAGAUGGAGCCCUGCUCAGAAGUAAAGUUCUAUCUAAAACCUUAAAACCAAAACCCGUGGAAGUUGCUUGCCUUUAUGCUUAUCAGCAAUGUAAAGUUUUUCAGAGUUGUGAUUUUUGGCUUAUGUUCACAUUUUGUUUCAAUUUCUGCUCCAACAUUUCCUUCAAUUUGAUGCCAUUGGUUUAGGUCUGGAUUUGACCAAAGCCUCUUCUGGAUGUACUGGUGAAGGGAUCAAGGCCAGCAGACAUAGUCAGAAGGGGAUUAUUGAAAUCAAAUCUAGAACUUUAUAUGCUUUUUAAAAUUAUAACAUGCAAUUAAAGCCUUGUGAACUUACUGGGGCUUUAAUCUAUAGGGGCUAACUGGGUCCCUGUAAGUAUAUGGUUCAGAGAAGCACUCAAUAAAACAGUAUUUCAUGCAGGAAGUUGAAUUA